CAGGUGAUCUGCGGCUGUUGAAGGUUCAAGUGGUUCUUCGUCGAUUGAGCUACAGUCUGGACCAGCAGAACCCAGAACUCGUCCACAUAAAGAAGUUACAACAGGGACUCCAGUGCAACGAGGAAGGAGAGCAGCUUCCUGUGGAGAGAGAAGAUGAUGAGAAACCUCAGUUAUUCCAGCUUCAUCAGAUCAAAACUAAAAACAACAGAGAGACAGAAACUCCAACCAGCAGCUCAGCUGAGCUCAUGAAGACAGAAACUGAUGGAGAGGACUGUGGAGGACCAGAACCAGACAGGAACCGGAGUCCAAAUACUAACUUACAGCCAAACACUGAUGAGAGGGCGUCAGACUCUUCAGAGACUGAAGACAGCAAUGAUUAUGAUGAGGAUGAAAACAUGUCAGGUUCUGGAUCUGACGAUGAAGACAGUGAUGAAGAUUGGAGGGAAACCAGGACACCUGGAUCAGAACCUCCAGCUAGCUGCUCAGCUGAGCAGAUGAAAACAAAAACUGAUGGCAAGGCCUGCAGAGACCCAGAACCAGACAGGACCCAUGAUUCAAAUACUGAUGAAAACACUUCAGACAUUUUAAGUUCUGAAGAUGAUGAUGAUGAUGAUGAUGAUUAUGA